GGAUCUGGUGAGGCUGAGAUUAGGAGGCUGCAGACACCGCCUGCUCUGCGUUCUGCUCCUGGAGGCAGUUGUCAGCCGACAAGUGGAAGUUCCCAAUGGAGAGACUCUUUGGCAUAUCUUCUAAAAGUGAUUGGCUGUGCUGAUUCACUGCCCACUUUAUCAUGUGCUGAUAAAGACAUAGUGCUGCUUCUCCCAGUACAAAUGCAUCUGCAACCUGCAGAAAUACAGUCCACUUCCGCUGCAGAGUUCUGUGAGCAAGCCCAGCUCUUCCUCAACCAAACACACCUAAGGCCCUCCACCUGGAUGACCAAUGUCCAUUUUAACCGAUUCUGUCGGAAAUUAAGCCUCCAACUUCCAUUCAUUCCUGCUGGCAGCAACGCGUAUAAUGCAAACAACCGCAAUUCCGGAUCACGCAACCAUUGCUCUUAAAACUUCCUAGAUGAUUGUAGUUGCUUUCCUUGUGUUCCAUGCUAGCAGAAGCCUUUUCCAAGGUUUACUGUUGACUCUAGAGCACCACGUUCCCCGUUUGCUGGGAGCCUUGGGGGCUGGCACCAUGGGCAACUCCUGCGUUUGCCGCGAUGACAGCGGAGCAGAAGACAGCUUGGAGUCUCAGCAUCGACGAACAGAGAGCAGUAGGGUACGUGCACCUGAUGGAAGGAGCCACCCAAGGGACCCUGUCCGACCACCUAGGAGGGGGAGAGGGCCUCAUGAGCCAAGAAGGAAAAAACAGAAUGUGGAUGGGCUAGUGCUUGACACACUGGCUGUAAUUCGGACGUUAGUAGAUAACGACCAGGAGCCUCCUUAUUCAAUGAUCACGUUGCAUGAAAUGGCAGAAACAGAUGAAGGUUGGCUGGAAGUUGUCCAGUCUUUAAUUAGAGUUAUUCCACUAGAGGAUCCGCUGGGACCGGCCGUCAUAACGCUGCUACUCGACGAAUGCCCACUGCCAACAAAAGAUGCAUUACAAAAGCUGACUGAAAUAUUAAACUUAAGUGGAGCUGCUGCUUGUCAUGAUGCUUGCCACCCUGCUAAACAUCGGAAUACAACUGCGGUGCUGGGCUGUUUAGCUGAGAAAUUAGCAGGUCCUGCAAGUAUAGGCUUACUCAGCCCAGGCAUAUUGGAAUAUUUACUUCACAGCUUGAAUUUCCAGUCCCAUCCGACGGUGAUGCUUUUUGCACUAAUUGCACUGGAGAAGUUUGCACAAACGAGUGAAAAUAAAAUGACAGUUUCUGAAUCCCGCAUUAGUGACCAACUGAUCCUGCUAGAGAAAUGGACAGAUCACCCAGACUAUUUGAAACGCCAGGUUGGAUUCUGUGCCCAGUGGAGUUUAGACAAUCUGUUUUUAAAAGAAGGCAGGCAGUUUACAUAUGAGAAGGUUGACUUGACCAACAUCAGGGCUAUGCUAAACAGCAAUGAUGUCAGUGAAUACCUGAAGAUAUCACCACAUGGAUUAGAGGCUCGGUGCGAUGCCUCCUCCUUUGAAAGCGUCAGGUGUACGUUCUGCGUUGACUCUGGAGUUUGGUACUAUGAAGUUACAGUCAUUACUUCAGGAGUGAUGCAGAUAGGAUGGGCUACCAAAGACAGUAAAUUCCUCAAUCAUGAAGGUUAUGGCAUUGGAGAUGAUGAGUAUUCCUGUGCUUACGAUGGCUGCCGGCAGCUGAUUUGGUAUAAUGCCAGAAGUAAACCACAUUCCCAUCCCUGCUGGAAAGAAGGAGACACAAUAGGAUUUCUGCUAGACUUGCAAGAAAAGCAAAUGAUCUUCUAUUUAAAUGGAAACCAGCUGCCUGCCGAGAAGCAAGUCUUUUCAUCAGCUGUAUCUGGCUUUUUUGCUGCAGCGAGUUUCAUGUCUUACCAACAAUGCGAGUUCAACUUCGGGGCAAAACCUUUCAAAUACCCACCACCAAUGAAAUUUAGUACCUUUAAUGAUUAUGCCUUCCUGACAGCAGAGGAGAAGAUCAUUUUGCCAAGACACAGGCGUCUGGCUUUGCUGAAGCAAGUGAGCAUCAGAGAGAACUGCUGCACGCUUUGCUGUGAUGAGGUAGCAGACACAGAACUCAGGCCAUGUGGACACAGUGACCUGUGCAUGGAGUGUGCCUUGCAACUGGAGACCUGCCCUUUGUGUCGACAGGAAAUACAGACCCGAGUCAGACAGAUUUCUCACAUUUCAUGACACACGUGAAGUACUACAGACUUGUUUUUAAUGAACUCCAACCAAUACAGAAAGGGGAAAGCAUCUCUAACCAAUCUUUACGCACAUAGAACCGUAGCCAUGGCCAGAUUUCAUGCUAAACUGUAAGCUGAUUAUCUUAAAAAAGAAAAAAAAAAAAAGAAAAAAAAAAAAAAAGAAAAAAAAAAUCUUUAAUAAGCUGUUUCAGGUUGCCAGCAGUGGGAACUGGUUUCAACAGUAAGGAAAGCUGGUAGUUUGGUGUGUUAUGGCUAUUGGUUCCUCCAAGCAAGAGCAUAGGAGGGCGUCUCUCUUCCUCCCCUUUUCCUUCUCGCCUGUCGCAAGUGCUGAAAAAAAUUUGCACUGGAAGUACACAUACAAUGCAUUUCAGAAAGGAAAUCUCUCCUGCAGCAGGGCCGCUCAGUCUCGUGCUCCAAAGCCUCUAUUUUGGGCAGAAGUCAAUACUGAAAAAGAAAUGCCAAUGUUCAAUGUAGCCUCCUGCUGGUCAGAGACUAUAUCUUCCAACAGUGGAUGUUGAACUGCUCCAAGACUUGAUCUGUACACAGACUGAUUUGAAAGGACAGUGUGGAGACUGUAGAGAAAUUCACGUUUUCAUAACUCGGUGAUUCCAAAGAAAAUUCUGAUUUGUUUUUAACUACUCAAAGGCUGGUGGUAUUUUCAAGUACAUAAUGUUUCUGAUGCUUUUAACUUCAAUAUCCACAUUUUUUUGUGAGGAUAUCAUUUUCGGGAGGUAUUCUUAACUAAUUAUAAUGCUGGACUGGAA